ACCUGACACGAUUUCCCUCGCCUUCUUGCUCACGACGCCGCACAUGGCCGCUCGCUCCCCAGCGCGCCACGCUCCGCCGCCUCACUGGCUAAGCCGCCUUCCCCCAACCCGUGCCCUGACAACGACGCGAUGACGCCCGGUCUCACCAACCCGCUUCCCUAGCAACCCCCGCUCUAGCACGCCGCGAAUCGCCCCGAGCCAAUGGCCACGAGAUUUCGCCCUGCGCACCCUUGCGCCAAUGGCGCCACCGCCCAGUCUCCUAGCGCCACGGGCCCCAACCCCUCCCUCCGGCCCCCUCUGUCAACGCCAGGAGCUCCGCCUCGAUCACCCUCUCCUCCCCGGCUCAAUUUAAGCAACAAAUGCGCCGCCGGUGCCCCUUCCUCCCCACGCCAAGCACCUCCGCUUCCCUGCUUCCGAGCGCCGCUGCCAAGCUCCCGUGGAGCCCCCUGCUCCGCCUAGCCAAGCUCCUCACUACCGCUCGUUCCAGCACCGCCACCACCUUGGGAACCUCCAACGCCCGCUUGUUGGACUCCCGGAGCCCCGACGAUGCCGGAACGGCCGCCGGAACUCUGCCGCCGAGCCACUCCCCGUCCCCAAGCCGUUCCGCCUCUGCCGAGCCCCCUCCGACGCCCCAACCACCGCCCAUCGCUUCCUGAACUGAACGUCGCCGACGGUACGUACGAGCUCCACCCUGCGCAGGACGAGGAACAAGCCGCUGAUCUACAUCACAUGGGAGUUGAGCCCGUGCAGGAGCAAGAGCAAGCCGAAGACCCACUGACUUUUUCUGAACCUGAAGGUAAUGAGAAUGAAUUCGCUGCAAAUGUUCCUUGGCCCACUCAGCUCCCUCCGAGCUGGUCGGUUGAGUGGAAACCCUCCUUAGACGGUGAGGAUGGGGAUUGUUGAUGUCAUGAUCGGCUUCGUCAUGAUAUCGUGUAUCGACGUUAGCUUCCGCUCGCAUUUUAUCUUUCGCUGUUGAACACUUGAAAACGUUGUGGAAUUUCCAAAACUUUGAUGUAAUAAUUGUUGAACUAUGUUUAAUGUGAUGGGAAUAUUGUAA